AUGUCCCUAAACCAUGUGAUGUUGGAGAUUGUGGCGCUCACUUGGUGCCCGCUGCAUUCUGCACCGAAGAUGCUUCCCAUCGAGCUCUGCCGCCGAGAGGUCAAGGUCUUGCGCCAGGAGAUGGGCCUGCCCACAAACCUGAAGCUUCUUGAGGUUGACGCCUCAGGCAUGAAGCGCUUGUUCAGCCAUGGGAUACGCCGCGUGAAGUCCAGAGCGCAGACAUCUGAGCCAAUUCUUGAGAAGUUCUUUGAUCUGCUGGAUGUGUAUUGGGCUAACGCGGAUGAAGAAGCCAUUCAGCAAAUGCUUGCCAUCGAGGAUGGCUCGCCUUAUGAUGGCUAUGAAUCUGCUGAGGGUGCUGGGCUUCCGGACGGAGAAGGUGAAAUCCCGGAGACGCAAGUCAUCCCAACCCAUAGUGAUGAAGAGGAAGAGGAUGUCGAAGACGCAUUGCCCGAGACACCCCCUGCAAGCCCUACACAUGUUUCAGCUGAGUUGGAAAAAUCAAGAGAGGAUUCCCACGCCACAGCUAGUGUGUUGCCCAAGUGCGGGACUCAUGAGCCGAGCCAGGAUUCCGGCGCCACAGCUACUGUGUCGCCCAAGCACGGGACUCAUGAGCCAAGCGAGGAUUCCGACGCCGCAGCUAGUGUGUUGCCCAACCGCGGGACUCAUGUUGUCGCUGAGCCGUGUGAUGGUGCUAGUGUUGUACCCGCGUGCGAUUUGCCCUUCAGAGGUCACCCCAUACGUGCCCUGUUACCUCUGCCCGGUCAAUGGGAGGAGCUUACGCCCCAUCCAGCAGAUCCACCAGCGAAGACACAUGCGUUUGAUGAGGCUGCAGCAAGCAAUAAGUUGACACCCGAGGGGCGGGCUAAGCUGCUAGCCCACUUGGCCUCCCGGAAGGAGAAAAUCAGGCAAAUGCUUGCCACGCGUACACAUGCGCAGCAAGCCGCGCCUCCCACGCAAGGACCCAACCCGGAUAACGUGGAGACGCAGGGCUAUGACGCGGACGCUGCCCAUGCCGAGACCGUUGCGGUGCUCAACCGCGGUUACUCCGCUGACAGUGCCCGCGCUGUUGAUUUGGAUUUGGAUGUUGCUGCCAGCAGGGCUGAUGUGGAGCUUGGCAAGGCCUCAGCUUUGAAAACCUUGGCUACACCGCCCCCGCCGCAGCCUGAGAAGCUCCAGCCCGAAGCCAAGCCUAGCUUGCCCCUACCCAGCCAAGUUGAGAAGCCCGGGCCCCAGCCUGAUCUGGGAAAGGCAAAGUCCGAAGUUGAGAAACCUCACGCCCAGCAAGCGCCCCCUUGUGAGGAGCAGGCUGCCAAGCCCAUGAGGCCCCAAGUUGAGAGCCCCAAGCCAAGCGAGCCUGUGAACAAAGAGCUCAGCAAUCAUGAGAAGAACUUGAGUGACAUGGACGUGGACAGUUUCCCCGAAAAGGUCCACGUGAAACGUACGGACCAGAGGGCCAAGUUCAGCAAGGAAAAGGAAAAGGACUUGGAAAUGAUGGAGAACAUCAACAAUGGGGGGCGUGGUCGCGGACGCGGAGGACGCGGACGCGGACGCUCCCCAGCAGUUCCCGAGGGAUCCGAUGAGGAGCCUGCAGCCCAGUCCCUGGAUACCGAGGACGAGGGCAGCCAGUCGGCGGACACCAAGCACUACUCGGAGUCAGAGGCUGAGCCGCCUGCAAAGCGAGGGGGCGUGCCCAAAGCACGUGGCAAGGAGAACAUUGUGCAGGGCAAUGGGAAGCCUGCCAAGAAGAAGGCAGCAAAGGUCGAUGACAAGGAGGAGCCACCGCGGAAGAAGUCCCGGGCCAGCAAGGACGAGCCCGAGUCGGAGAAGAAGGGCUCGAAGGGGCGGAAGACCUUUGCUUCGAGGAGGCCUCCAACUACGGCCGACGCGCUAUGCCGCUUCGAGAUUCUGCGGGACACCUUCAAAGAGCAGAUCUCGAUCAACUUCGCCACCCCGAGUGUGUGGGAGUUGGACUGGUGGAACUUCGCCUUCCCGAAGCUGACAGAGCGUGGAGUGAGCAGCGAGGCCUACCCUGAGCUUGCCAAGAAGUACGCAACAAAGUUUCUCCGCAAGCAUCGUGAUCACUUGGCAGCUUCGAACGCUGGCGACGAUGAGGAGUGA